UCCGUAAUGGCGCAUUUUAAGGGACGGCAUAAAAGUGGCUGUGCAUUCAUUCAGUGCUUUCAUUAUCUCCCUAUCCCAACUCUCCUUCAGGGAUUUUUCAGAGGUGGGUUUGUAAUUUAUGGUCGAUUUUAAGGUAUAGAUUGAUAUAUCUAUUUACGUGAUUUUGUUGGGGGAGUGAAACUGUGAAAAUGCUUACAUGCAUAGCGCGUUCGAAACAACCCAGUGAUGAAUCUGUUGAUGCCACUCCCGAUAAACAAGCCAUCAAAACCCUGACAUCUCAGAUCAAGGAUAUGGCAUUGAAGGCUUCGGGUGCAUACCGCCACUGCACGCCGUCAUGCACGAGUCAGCCAACUCAGGCACAGCAACUGAGGAACCGGAGUAUUGGGGGCGAGUCAGACUUGGCUGCGUCAGACAGAUUCCGGUGGUCGUACCGGCGGACGGGGAGCUCAAACUCGAGCUCUGCUGCUGGGAGGAGGGAGCUAGAGGCUCGGCUGAAGGGAAUUUCAAGUGGCGAGGGUACGCCGGCAUCGGCUAGCGGCCGACGAGUUGACCCGAUUGUGUUCGUCGAAGAGAACGAGCCCAAAGAGUGGGUGGCUCAGGUGGAACCCGGAGUUCUAAUUACUUUUGUGUCCUUGCCACGUGGCGGCAAUGACCUUAAACGCAUUCGAUUCAGCCGAGAAAUAUUCAACAAAUGGCAAGCUCAAAAGUGGUGGGCUGAGAAUUAUGAGAAAGUGAUGGAACUUUACAAUGUCCAAAGACUGAACCGCCAAGCUUUCCCUCUCCCGACAACUGCAAGAUCCGAAGAUGACAACAGUUCAAAGAUUGAAUCAGCUGAAGCCAGUCCAGUAACACCACCACUGGGCAGAGAACGGCUCCCACAUACUUUACACCGACCAACUGGAAUGGCAUUCUCAUCUUCAGAUUCACUUGAUCAACAGUCAGUGCACUCUCGCUAUAAUUAUGAUUCUUUCGGUGUAGCCUCAACUCCUAAACUCUCGAGCAUUAGUGGUGCUAAAACUGAAACGUCAUCAAUGGAUGCUUCCAUGAGGACUAGUUCCUAUCGCUCUGGAGAGAUAUCAAUAAGCAAUGCCAGUGAUCUUGAAACUGAAUGGGUUGAACAAGACGAGCCUGGGGUUUAUAUUACCAUCAGGGCAUUGCCAGAUGGUAGAAGAGAACUACGGCGUGUUAGAUUCAGCCGAGAGAAAUUUGGGGAGAUGCAUGCUCGACUAUGGUGGGAAGAGAAUAGAGCCCGGAUACAUAAACAAUAUUUGUGAUUGGAUCAAACACCAAAUCGAAACAUGCUGCAAGUUGCUGAUGGAGGUGAUGAUACCCUUAUAUAUAGUAGCCUGUAUGUAAGUGAUGCAUCUGAUACACAAGGAGUCUCGGCUUUGCGAUUUCUCAAAACAACCUUGUGGAUUGUGGGGAUGUUUUAUUUUCUUUUUCAAUUCAUUACAUGAAAUUUUGGUAAAUUAUGAGCUUUCAUAACAUGUAUGGAGAAGAACAGUCAAUACUGAAGUUGAAUAUGGAAAUACUUAAAUGUCC